UGCGUGAUCUUUAAAUUAAACGCGGAUUACAUAACCUAUUAUGUUUCAAACAACAAGACAUGGUAUCGUGAUCACAACAUUUAAAUUCGUACAACUAAUUGUUGUACUUGAAAGUUUUACUAAAAAAAUUUAACAUGAAUUCUCAACAAAUAGUUCAACUUCCCCAUCGACUCAGGGCAGCUUUUACGUCGAGAUUUAAUGAAAUCGGCAAUAAAAUUAGAAACUAUGAAAUGCCCGAAAGAGUUAAAGGCACUUUUCUUGAACGCUGGGCAAAAUACUGGCACGGUCUGUAUAUAGAUUAUAAGGACGUUGCAAUUGAUGUAGUUAAAGAUUGCAGAGAACGUCCUGUACGUGCCACAAUAUACACUACAUUUUUAGGAGGUUGUUUUUAUUCUAGUCGACUCAAUCCAGAUGAAACUAUGUUCAGAGAACAAUUACUACAAAAUAGUAUGAAAUUAAUACUAGUGGGAGAACCCAUACGCAAUCCUGUUUCAGUCCAGCAUAUAAAAUGGUUGGAGCAAUGUUAUAAUGAAGGACUCAUCAGGAGAUUAAACUUGGGUAUCUUGUCUCUGAUCUGGAUAGAUAAUUAUGACAAAGAUUGUUCAUUUUACAAGGCUGUCUGCCCUUAUCUAAAACCACGAUUCGUAACCUUUCAUGAAAGGAUAGUGGAUGUAGGCUUUUUAGGCAAAUGGUGGUUAUUAGAAAGAAAAAUGAAAAAUUAUGAUAUAAAUGAGGCCGAAUUUAAUAUUGUACAAAUUGCAAACAAUGUAGACACUACUUCAGCAAUAUAAUAAAUUUUAGGAGACUUUUGUCUGAUUCAUAUACAAAAAAAUAUAUAAAUUGCAAAAUUUUUGCCAACCAAGUAUUUAUAUAUAUCCAUAAAUUAAUUAUUAGGAUGCAGUCUACUUAAAAAUCUAGUUGAAAAAACAGAUGUACUUCUUCAUUUUAUAAAUGUCCUCAUGCAAUUAAUUUUUUUAGCUCUUGCGCAUUAAGUAAAUUAUAAUUUAUUCUAUAAAACAUAUUUAAUAAAAUUAUUAAUAUAUUCUGUAAAAUUAAUAAAAUAUUUUUAUAUACAAAACUUAUAUUCAAAAUAUAUUAAUUUGAAAACUUAGAAAAUAAUUCUUGAAAAAACGAACUAAAUGUAUCUAUCAGUCUCUAUUUCAAUUAAAACCUGGAAUUCUCAAGGAAUUUUUUUGAGACUCAGGAAAUUAAAAAAAAUUCUCUAAUUUUGUUCUUAUAUUAUAAGCAAUCUGCAAUCCGCUGAUGAAUCAAGUCGU